CCCCUUUUUUGUCCAGUCUGGCAAAAGAAAGGGCCACCAAGUAUUUUUGACGUCAUUCGAGCAGCUGAAAAGUGAAGAGUCGUCCAGCUUUAUCUCCGUCACUGCAGUGUCACCUUAGCCAUGACCUCCAGGUUCUCCAAUGUCACCACCGGCCCGCCGAUUGAGGUUUUUGCCCUGAACAAGGCAUUCCUCGACGACCCUAACGCGCAGAAAGUGAAUUUGGGCGUCGGAGCCUACAGGACAGAUGAGUGCAAACCAUGGGUGCUGCCCGUGGUGCGAAAAACCGAGCAGUCGAUGGCGAGCAACGAGUCACUCAACCACGAGUAUCUGCCUGUGCUAGGCCUCGACACCUUUUCCACCGCUGCCACUCGCAUGCUCCUCGGCCAGGACAGCAAAGCCAUUGCGGAAGGAAGGGCGUUUGGAAUCCAGACCCUCAGUGGAACUGGCAGUUUGCGCAUGGCCGCCGAGUUCUUGGGCCGCAUUUUGAAGUACAAAACCUUCUAUUACUCCGUUCCAACUUGGGAAAACCACAACCUGAUUUUUGUCAACGCUGGGUUCACCGAGCCCAGGACCUAUCGCUACUGGAAGCCAGAAACCCGUGGCUUGGACUUUGAGGGAAUGAUCGAGGAUCUGCGCAAUGCCCCCGAGAACUCGGUCAUUAUUUUGCACGCUUGUGCCCACAACCCAACUGGCGUCGACCCCACACCUGACCAAUGGAAGCUCAUUGCUGACGUUGUUGAGGAGAAAAAGCUGUUCCCGCUUUUUGACUGCGCUUACCAAGGAUUCGCUUCCGGCGAUUUGGAGAAAGAUGCAUUUGCAGUUCGUUACUUUGUGGAGCGUGGCUUUGAGCUUGCUGGCUGUCAGUCAUUUGCUAAGAAUUUUGGACUCUACAACGAGCGUGCUGGUAAUUUGACCGUGGUUGUGAACGACGCCUCAACCAUCGCACCCUCGAAGUCGCAACUCACUCUGCUGGUGCGUGGAAUGUACUCCAAUCCACCCAACCAUGGUGCAAGGGUAAUUUCCACGGUGCUCAACACUCCUGAACUUUGCGACGAAUGGAAAGGGUGCAUCAAGACCAUGGCUGAACGUAUUAUUGCGAUGAGGAAAGGCCUUCGGGAGAGGCUCGAGAAGCUCGGAACUCCUGGCACUUGGAAUCACAUUACUGAUCAAAUCGGAAUGUUCUCCUACACUGGCCUUCAGCAAAAACACGUUGAUAUGCUGGUGAACGAUUACCACAUCUACUUGCUAAAGAGCGGACGCAUCAACAUGUGUGGUUUGACUAGCCACAACAUUGAUUAUGUGGCCAAUGCUAUCUUUGAGACGGUUUCUAAAAUCGGACUGGAAUCCUCUCUGUAAAAUAAUGCCACGGAACAACAGAGAAUUUAAAUGCUUCUAGUUCAUAGAGCGCAUCACAUGAAUUUUAGAUAAUUUUCCUGGCAAAGAGCUAGAAGUAACCGAAUUAAAAGUCGAUGAGAUAUUUAGCAUCAGGUCAAUUUGAUGUCACGCGUAGACAAUACUAAAUUUUAAAUCACACUUGCUCAGUUUGUCAAUCAUGUAGUAUGGGGGCUGCAGGAGAUCAGCAUCUUGGUUUGGCAAAAGAUUUUAAAUUUAAAUUAUGAAGAAAAUUAUGUUUCAAUGAAAUUAUCAUGCCUUCCUCAACUGACCCUAGCUAUAUAUUACGAGCCGUUUUAUUUUCUUAGCUUAUUGGAUAUUUUCCUGUAAUAAAUUUACCUAUCAUUUCCAUUGAGAUCCACAA